CAUCUCAAUACACAAGCCUCACUGACUUCAGUCAUUGUCCUCACUACAACUACCUUCAUUCCAAUUUAUUACAUAGUUUUCAGGUUUUGCUCAAGCAUUAUUUCUCUUUAGUUUCAGUUAGUCAUUCAUUAUUUUCUCUGUAUUUAAGGCAUUUUAUCGUCCGCGACAACACAGUUUCAAUAUCAAACAAUGGCAUCAAAUUCACUAUCUGCUUGGACACCAAAAGAAAACAAGAAAUUUGAGCAGGCACUCGCUGUCUAUGACAAAGACACACCUGACCGUUGGCAAAACAUUGCUAAAUACGUUGGUGGAGGAAAAUCAGUUGAAGAUGUUAAGCAACACUAUGCUAUCCUUAUAGAAGAUCUCAAGCACAUUGAGUCCGGUGACGUCCCAUUCCCAAAAUACAGGUCAGGAGGAAACUCUCGCUAAGCUAAUCAAGAAACCAGUUGCAGGCGUACGAGGUAUAAUUUAUGCCAAUAUAAAAACCAUUCAAGUCGAAGACCUAAGCGUACGCUGGAGAUUACGGAAAGAAAUAUUACUCUCAAGAUGUACACUAGUAUUAUUUUCUUCUUCUAGCUAGGCUGAUGUGUUACCAUUGUAUUACCCUAAUAUCCUUUUGAAUAAAAAAUCAUAUUACAUUUUACGGA